GUUGUGCUUCCAUAAUGAGACUCUUUAAAGCUGCUGCUCCAUACAGAAUAUUAAUCUAGUCGCAGGGAUCUGGACUUUGGAAAUACGCAAUACUUUUGAAACGAGUGGCGCGGCUGCAUUUCGGCGUUUUCAUCCAUUUUUGUGGACUUAAUUUCACUUUGCGAGCAAACCGUAAGGAAACAUCAUGCUGCUCCUCUUACUGGGAAUCGUCGUCUUGCAUGUGGCAGCACUGGUUCUGCUCCUCGUGUCCACUAUAGUCAGUGCAUGGGCUGUUAACCCCAACAGCAGUUCAGACCUCUGGACAAACUGCACCACAAUCAAUAAUGACUACAGAUGUGACCCUGCCGACACUGGAGUUUGGAUCCAGGCAGUCCAAGCCCUCAUGAUCCUGUCAAUCAUCUUCAGCUUCCUGUCUCUCUUCCUGUUCUUCUGCCAGCUCUUUACGCUUCAGAAGGGUGGACGCUUCUUCCUUACUGGAGCAUUCCAGAUCUUUGCUAGUCUUUUUGUUAUGAGUGGAGCAAUCAUUUAUACGGUAAUGAACUCCGAGUGGGUCCCUGAGACAGAGUUCUAUGGCUUUUCCUACAUCUUGGCCUGGGUAGCCUUCCCUCUGGCGUUCAUAAGUGGGUUAAUCUACGUCAUCUUAAGAAAACGGGAGUGAGGUGGCACCGCACUCUUGUGGCCGCUACCUGGAAAUACAGCUUUGAAGCCAAAGUAUCGCACUGCAUCCACUGAGAAGUGAAAUCACGCAGUAUCUUCACCCGGGGGUCAGUCAAAAUCAACCCCACUGCCACCCGAAAAGACAUAUUCAAUACUGUCAUCAUUUGAAGAUGUAUAUAGUAUCUAUGGUUUAAAACCUAUUUAUAACACUUUUUACAUAUAUGUACAUAGUAUUUUAUGUUUGCUCUGUUGACAAAGAACCUCUGAAGAGCUUUUCUUUUAGCUAAUUAAGUGCCUAGAGUGUGUGUUUGUCGCAGAAACGUGCAUCAUUAUUAGCCAUAAUGUGUGUUUGUUUCAUUUUCUUUCCUUAUACGGCCAAAAAUACUUAUAAAAAGGUUUUUGAUGUAUUUUAACCAAAGCGCAUGUAUUAAAUUAUAGGGACAAUGAAAGGAAGUGUUUUCAAUGAAGCUGCAUUGAGAAUUCAUAGAUGAAGUAAAUUAAAGGGAUAGUUCACACAAAAAUGAAAAUUCUGUCAUCAUUUACUCAGCCUCAAGCUGUUCCAAACCAGUAUGAAUUUCUUUCUUCUGCUGUACACAAAAGAUGAUAUUUUGAAGAAUGUUGGUAACCAAACAGUUGAUGGUCCCCAUUGACUUCCAUAGUAUUUUUUUUCCAUACUAUGGAAGUCAGUGGGGCCCAUCAACUGUUGGGUUAGCCAUCUUUUUUUAAAAUAUCUUCUCAUGUUCAUCAAAAGAAAGAAAUUCCUACAGGUUUGGAACAAAUUGAGGGUGAGUAAAUGAUGACAGAAUUUUUAGUUUUGGAUGAACUGUCCUUUUAAAUACCACGGUUAGACUGGCGGUGUUGAAAGCUUUUUUUUUUUUUUUUUUAAUAGUUUCUUUGUUUUCCAACAAAAAAUGGUGCUAUGUAUUUACCAUUCCUUUCACUAAUAGCCAUUUAGCCUUUAUUUAGAAGGACAUAACAUGACUGAAAGUCAAAAACAGAAUGCCAUUGAAUAUAUUGUGCUUGUGCCUGUAACACAAUGCUGUAUAUACAGUACUCACCAAAAAGGUUCAUUUUAUAAUAAAACAAAGAAAAUGUGUUCUGAGUAACACUGGGUUAUUAGUUUAGUAUUGGGAGAUUGUGAUGGAGGAAUUGUAGUAAAAACAGAGACUAGGAACUAUUGAUUUUAGUUGUAUUUAGUUACUUUUAAGAGCAGUAUUAGGAUUUGAGAAAGGCAGUGAUUCAUUUAAACAGUAAUGUUGCUUUUAUGCUGCAUUCAAAUCCAUUUCAGAUGUAUAACGUUUGAUGGGUUUAAUCACAUUAUUUGUUGUCACAAUCAACAGUUGAGGCAAACACCUUUCAUAUUCAUAUCAGAUGAGCAUAAAAAUAUAAAAUAAAAUGAAGGAACAUGAAAUAAUGGUAGUUUUUUUCCAAGCAUCAGAACGACAGCUCACAGUUCUCUAGUAUAUUGCGCAAUAUAUCCGUAAAAAACAUUUAAAAGCAUCAAAGUGGCAGUUUUGUUAUAGGUAAAAAUGUGUAUUGACCUGACCAUUGAUAACAUGAUGGUGGACACAUUUUAACACCUGCAUGCAUUGGAAACACUUUUCAAUACUUGAAAUAUAACAUGCUGCAACGUCUACCAUCUUGAGAUGCUUUGUUUCUACUCACAGUAAUUCUCAACGUACUGUAAUAGCAUGUGAUUGUAUUAAAAGACUCAUUACUUACAAUUAAAGGCCCUAUUCUGAGGACCAUGUAUUAGAUUGCUUCUCCUGCAAAACCAAAAACAAUAAAUGAUCUUUUGUUAUGAUGAA